AUGGACGUGUACGAUUACAACCCAGUGACCCACAUUAAUGAUAUCUUUGACACGCCCGAGACUUUAAACCACUUGCCUCAAGCUUUAUCCCAUAUACAUCAAUACAAACUACAACUAAAUCACGAGAUUGAUACCUUGAAAUCACAGUAUGACUCAAGCACAGAGGUAGAAGGCGAUAUACGCAAGCUAGUCACUAAUAUUAGAGAAGUCAAAGAUAAUGCAACAGCAACAAAGUCGACAAUUGGAUCCAUGACAAGCUCGAUUCAAAAGCUCGAUUCCUGUAAGAAGAACCUUGUCUUAUCAAUGACGGUGUUUAAGCGGUUACAAAUGUUGGUUAAUGUAAAUAAUGGCUUAAAGGAUAUACUUGCAUCGCGUAAUUAUGAGGAAAUAUAUCAAAGGUUGGGAGUAAUGAAGGAACUACUACAAUUUUUCCAACCAUAUAAAUCAAUUGAUUUGAUUAAUGAGAUAAAUCUAAUGACGAUAUUCACGCAGAAUAAACUUGUUGACGAUAUCUUUUUAGAUUUUGAAGAAUUUUUGAAGCGUGAUGGGGGAGGUGGAGCUAACUUGAAACUGGAACAGAAUUUAUUGUAUGGAGCAAUGACAUUGGAAAUGAUUGAUGAGAAAAACAAGACCAAAUUGCUCAACUGGUUUCACAAUUUACAACUACGAGAUUUGAAAAAUAUAUUCAGUCAGUCUGAUGAAGCCGGGUCAAUUGAGAAUUUGGGUAGGAGGUUUAUUUAUUUCAACAAAAUAUUAGAUCAAGUGAAACAAUAUGCCAUUUUCCCUCAAGACUGGAAUGUCACGAUGGACAUCAUUGAUGAGUUUUGUAAAAUCACCGAACAAGAUUUGUCAAGUACUUUGCAGAAUAAGAAAAUUGACUCUGCAACGUUGCUCGACAAUUUGACCAAGACUAUUGAAUUUGAAAAGAAAUUAAACUCUGAUUUCCCUCGAGACGUUGAAUUCAAUAUAUCAUCAGUAUUUGAACCUUAUUUAUCGAUCUGGGUACAAGAACAAGACAAGACGUUGAGUGCCAAAUUUUUAGAAUUCACAGCUACAUCACAACUACCACCGGAAUUGGCGAAAGACAUCACAGCAAACAUCCCCAAUAUCGCCAUUACAUCGACUGACUUAUUUAAAAUCUAUCAUAAGCUCUUAUCGCAAAUUUUAAAACUAAGUAAUGGGGAAAUAGUGUUGAGUUUGGCGCGGUUGUUUAAUAAGUACUUGUUUGAAUAUCUCAAUAGAAUAUUAAUACCCAUGCUUCCUCGCAACGAUGAUGAUAUUGCUGGGGUGGAUGCAAUCAAGUACCUUACACUAUUGCUCAAUACCGGUGAUUAUAUGGUGGGAAACAUUGAUGAAUUGAAUGAAAAAUUAGAACUUGUUGUUUUGGAAGAGUUGAAAGAUCGAUUACCAUCAUUAAACAGCGACGUGUUUCUUCAACUUGUCAAUAAGAGCAUUUCCGCCCUCUUGGUGAAAUUGACUAAUGACUACAAACCGUGUUGGCGCGAAUUUUUCAAUAUCAAUUGGCAAGAAUUAGAUUCAGUGAAUGAUGUAUCAUCGUACAUGAUUGAUAUUAAAAAUAUCACCAAUGAUAAUUUAAAAUUGAUUCUUCCGUUGAUCAUUAGAGAAAGCUAUGUGCGUAAUUUCAAUGAUAAAUUGGUGGAGUUGCUAGUGACGACAAUUGCCAACAAUUUGAAAUUUAUUAAACCAUUAACGACAAAUGGAUUGGAACAACUAUUACUUGACGUUAUCUCGCUCAAGGAUAUAUGUUUGAAUUUCCCGCAUUUGGCCGAAAAAGAAACGACUAAAUCCUAUACCAAAUUCGUUAAUAAUCAUUUCCAUGAAUUGGAAUCAAUAUUGAAGAUUUUGAUGGUUCCGCAAAAUAUGCCAGUGGAAAACUUUAUUGAGUCAUAUUUUGAAUUAAUUGGUGGUAGAUCAAUUGCUAAUUUCACCAAGAUUUUAAACUUGGCCAAAAUUGAUAAAUCAAGACAGUACAAGUAUGUUGAGAAUUAUAAACUACAAUUAUCCAUUGACAAUGAUGAUGAAGCGAAUGAAUCUUCUGCCGCAGUCUCCUCCUCUCAUCAAAUUAAUCACUUGUUGACGAACUUAGAAGACGAUAUGGAUAACUUAUCAGCGUCAUCGACGCCAGUGAGUGCCACUGCCCCUUCAUUAAGUGGUGGACGUACCAAUCAAAAUAGUGGGAAAUUAUCAUCACCCGAUAUUAAAUCACCCAAAUUACUACCAAGAAUGAACCAGUUUGAGAAAAAUAUCAGAGAGUUGGCCUUGACGGGUGAGACGCAUGUAAGCAAGUUUAAUGAAAACUUUAGAAGUAAUUUUGGUAAAUUUUUUAGAAAAGAGGAACGGUGA